UUGACAACCAAAAUGCAAUCAUGGCGCACGGGGUUCUGUGUUUGUAGAAUGCUGAGAAGUUUUUACGUAAACACUUCGUUAAUUUGCAUUGUAAUCCAUAAAUGUGUUAUGAUAAAUUAAUCGUAAAUUCUGAAGAUCGUAGCGAAGCAUACAUGUGUGUUCCAAACUCGAGGUUUCCACCUAUUUGCGUUACCGUCUCGGUACUACAAGACACUUGCAGAUAACUUGUUGGUGUCAUAAUGUCAGAGGCGUACGCCCGUGAGAUACUACGGAGGAAUGUUGCGCAAAUAUGCCAAACUAUAGGAUGGAACGGUAUAAACUCGACUCCACUCGACAUUUUGGUACACGUUUUGGAAAAGUACAUAUGUACACUGGGCACACAAGCUAACAGAUAUGCUGAACAAUUCAAUAGGACUGAACCAAAUUUACAUGACUUAGGAUUAGUGUUUCGUGAUUUACAUAUACAACUUCCAGAGCUAGCGGAGUACACACGCAGUGUGCCACCCGUGCCACCACCCGUUAGAACUGAAAAGUUCCCCAAACCUAAGGAGUCUAACUUGAAUUUCCUUAAACCUGGCAGUCAUGAGGUCGUCACGAGGCCCAUGCAUGUGCACGAGCAUUUACCUCCCAUGUAUCCCGAGAAAGAAAGAGACACUCCAGCCGUGGCUGGCACAGUUGAGAUCCGUCAAAAUGGUAUUGAUAGCAUAGAGACCAAUGCUACCUGUACGAGCCCUGAAAUAUCAGUCACUGACAGUCCCGAGAAAUCUAAAGACAUAUUUAAAAGGCCAAUUGAUCCAGUGUCAUUACCAAAUAGCAAAAGGCCAAGGUUACGAUUAGACGAAGAGGAAAGAACUAGAGAAAUCAGCAGUGUCAUGAUGACUAUGUCUGGUUUCUUGUCACCCGCCCGAGAAGGUAAACUGCCAGAAGCAAAACCACCCACAAUAAUUUCAGAUAGACAUGACAAACACAAAGCAAACUCACAUCAUUCGAAUGCAAUGAAAGUACCAUUGUUAGACAAAAGUGAUAAGAAAUCUAAGAAAAAUAAGUUAUUAAACGGCAAGAUAAUGAAGAGUAAAAGGAAAGAUAAGAGUCAUAAAGGCGAAAGUAGUAAAUCUAGGGAUAGUAAUAAAUUGAACAGGCAUCCACCAGGAUACCCGAUAAAGAGUAAAGAUGUACAUCCAACCCUUCACAAUCAUGUAACGAUGCCUGCGCCGAAGACGAUGCCUCCCGUGAAGGCCCCUAUGCCCCCUCCAGCAGCACCAUUGCCACCACCAGUCGUGCCCAUGCCGGAACCCCUGAGGCCUGUCAUCAAGCAGGAGCCCGUAGACCUUCCUCCUCCUCUUCCACCACCAAUAAGUAGACCACCACCUAGAGUCGCCGAAGAUGCAAUUCCUGUACCAAGAAAAAUACCAAUUUCAAAAUCACCACUCGCAUCAAACUCUUUACCUUUACACAAGCCACAGCCAGCCACAAAUUCUCUCAUCCCAGAAGUAGAAAUUAAAAAGGAGGUGAUCGAGGAAGAGGAAAAACUGGCCUCCCAACCCGACAGAUCAAAAAGCAAUAUUUUUAAAAGAAUAUCGAACAAAUCAAAAGAAGACAAAAACACUCCAGAGGUUGUCCCUGAAAAAUUGCAUCCACAGUCCGAUGCUAUGAUCUCAAGAAUACAGAAUUCUGCACCCGAAUCAAAAAGUGAAAACAUUAGAGUUAAAAGUGUUGAGUCUAUUAUGAACAAUAACAAUAGUCCAGUAAAUUUGUCCAGAGAAAUAGAUAUAAGAUCCCAUGAAGUUAUUAGCAUUGAUGAUGAUUCAUUAGACAUGCACCCCAUGCCACAGUUUAGACCUUUACAACCUGAGCCCCGACCAACAGGUGUCCUAUCGAUCAACAAAUCUCUGCAAUAUCCGUUCUCCAAAGACUUGGCCGGUGUGAGUCCAAAGACAAAGAAGGAAAAGAAACAUAGAGAGAAGAAGGACAAAGCAUCAAAGAUUGAAGCAAAACUGAAGAAGCAGCAACAGCAGUUGCAAGCCUUCCAAAUGGUGCAAAUGGCUGAGAAAAAGAAAAUGAAACUGGGUAAUGAAAAGCCACCAAAACCAAAUAGGCCAAAGAAAGAUCCAAACCUAUCACAAUUGCAUCCAGGUUUCCCCUUCUUCCCAGCCAUGCCUCACAGUCGAGGAAUGAUGUCCGGACCAGGUUUGAUACCUAGCGACCUAUUUGCUAACAUAGCUAACAACCCAGCACUCAGAGGUCUACCACCUCCAAACUUACUUACCAAUCCAUUUGCAUUAGGAUCAGCAGGACCUGGACUGAUACCGGGGCCCAGCUUCCUGCCGGGUGGUCUAGGACCAGGUAUUCCCAAUCACCUCAUGCAAAUGGGCAACUUUCCUCACACAUCUCGCUCGUCAUCUGUAAAGUUCCCGCAAAUGCUCCGUCGCCCUAGUUUGGAGGUAAUACCCGUCGACAACGAAGAGGAAAGAAUAAUGCAUAAGUCGCCCAUGAUAGGGCGUGACAAGGAUCGUCACGACAAGCACAAAUCUCCGACCAUUCCAAAUAUUUUACAGAAACAAAAAUUGAAAAAUAAAGAUCAUAAAGCUAGCUUGUAUAAAAUGCCACCUGUACAGCCCGAUAUAACGAUCGAACUGAAUCCUCCGAAGAUGGAGCCGGUUCGAUCGGAGCCGCCGAGGGUGCCCCCGCCGCCCGUGCGGAUGCCGUCGCCGAAAGUAGAGGAGCCCGCGCCGAUACCCGAACCGAUGCCCGUUCCCAAACCUGAGCCAGAAAAGGUCACAAUCCCAGAUAUUCCACAAGAAAAAGAACCUGAUAAUUUGGAAAAGAAAAAGGACAAAUCCCACAAAAAAGAAAAAAGGGACAAAGAUGGUUUGAAAGUUAAGAAGAAAAAAGAUAAGAAGGACAAAAACAAAGAUAAGGCGGAAAAGAAGAAAGAUAAAGAGGAGCGUCACGAGCUGAAAGACAAAAUCAAAAAGGAAAAGAAGGAGAAAAAGAAAGAAAAGGUCGCCGACGGCUUGGUACCUAAGCUCACACUUAAAUUAAGUUCCUCCAACUCUAACUCUCCGAUGCCUCCGAGUUCACCGGAUAUUUUUAAAUUGAAUAUAAAGCCCGUUGUUAAAAAGGAGGAGGAUGACGCUUCCUCGUUGAAAGAAGAGCCGACGUCGCGGGAGCACAGUCGCUCCCCAGAGUUGGCUCAGAUUUCUGCUCUAGUAACGAGACCGCCGAAACAGAAGCAUUCAAAGCAUAACCACAUAGCAGACGCGGAGACGCCGCUGUCGCCGCCUCCCGCGUCGCCGUCGAGGAAGAAUCGUCCGCCGUCGAGUCACUCCAAGUUAAAGAAGAUCUUGUUCAAGCCGAUGUCGAAGAAGAGUCAAGUGGACGAGUUAGACGACGAGUCGGUUUCGUUCUCGGAGGAGUCCGCGCCGGCGCCCGCUGCGGCGGCGGUGGACAAGCCCGGCGGCGCGCUGCCGACUCCGUACUACGUGGACGAGCAGGGGAACAAGAUCUGGGUGUGCCCGGCGUGCGGGCGGCCCGACAACGGCUCGCCGAUGAUCGGGUGCGACGGCUGCGACGGCUGGUACCACUGGGUGUGCGUGGGCAUCACCGAGGAGCCGGGCGCGACGGAGGACUGGUUCUGCAAGUCGUGCUUGGCCAAGCGAGCCGCGAUGGUGUUGGCCGGCGUGACCUCCGGCAAGAAACGCGGCCGCAAACCGAAAGCGGAAAAAAUCAGAGACUGUCAUUGACUGUCGGACUUUUCGUUGUUACUGAGAUUAGAUUUAAUUUUCCGUUUAGUGGCGAGUGAAUGGAUGGCGGUUUGUUAAUGAAUUAUUGUUGAUUGAUAUCGUGCGGAUACGUUUUCGUCAUUUAUAACGUUAUAUCAUAGGCUAGGCUAAGUAUAGAUAAUGAUUUAAUAUUGACAUAAAAUGUUGAACAUAAAAACGUAGUGUAGGUACAUGUAAUAAUAAUUAAUUACCAUAAUUUUAAUGCUUUUUGUUAAAUUUCUUAUUUUAUCGUUCGCUCGGUUAGAUCAAGUUUUAAUGAGAGUGCGGGCGUGUCGUGCACGACCGCGUGUGAACAUAGAGGUUUAAUAUAAGAUUCUUUUUAUAUUGUACAAAAAACUGAAUUUACUUAAGAAAUUGGUGAUGUAUAAAGUAAUGUAAUGUAGUGAAUAUUUAAAUAAACAGAAAGAAGGCUGGAUGGAUAUUCAGCCAAUAUUUGAAUAUUUUCAUAUUAUAAUUUUAAUAUAACCUUGUUUUUAAUUUUUUUGUUGAAGUUGUUCCUUAUCUAUGUACAGGGCUAGCACAAUCUCGCAUUUCUCUCUCUGUGUGUGAAUUAUUAUCACCAGUAAGUUGACACAGCGGCGCGGAGGUGCUCGGCCCUAACGUUCAUACAUGGAGGGGAGGUAAAUGUAAAAAGUUUGAUUUCAGCCAGUGGCCAAUUAAAUAUAUUGGUACUCUAAA